UUUCAGGCUCAGACAGGGCAGCUGGCAUCUGCCGCUCGGACGUCGCCGGGGGAGGCGGAGACCUUCUGGCGCGCCGCCCUGCCUGGCUCCCCCAUGCCGGACGCCAUCUUCGAGCUCCUGCACCACGACACCGGCGUUCCGGACGGCGCGGUCGAGGCCGCAAACGACGAUGAUAAACCGCCCAUGAACUUCAACUACGACGACUACAGGGCUCUUCCCCGGAGCGAAGCCACCGCUGCCCCAUCUCCUGACGUGCUGCUCCGCGCCGCCGUGCGCGACGAGGAGACGGUGUUCUUCCUCGAGGAUGCUGUGUGCAUCGGAGAGAGCCUUCCCUUGCACAGCAGUACCAAGCUAGCCACCGCCGCUGCCUCUGCCGGGGAGGCGUCGGCACGACUGCCUCUCGAGCUGUACACCGUCCACUCCGUGAGGGCGGUGGAGGGGUCUAGCUUCGUCGUGUGUCGCGGCGAGCCUGGCCACGGCGCCGUGUACGGGUGUCGCGCCACCGGUCCGGCGAGGGCUUACGUCUUGGGUCUGGCCUGCGAGCGCGGGGACGCGGCGGUGACCGCGGUCGCCGUGUGCCGCACCGACACGUCCCAGUGGGAUCCUGAUCACGCGGCGUUCCGACUCCUCGGCGUGAAGCCAGGCGGCGCCGCGGUGUGCCACGCCGUGCCCGAUGCGCUGGUACUCUCGGCUAAGAACGGGAAGAGCUCCACCGCAAAUUAAGUGCCCGACGUACGUCCACGACUCCGCGUUCCCGUAUUUGUAUGUCGUGAUGUAUAAUU